AUGGGAUUCCUCCAGGCUUUGAGCGUCGCAUCAAUCGCUCUUGCCUCCAGUGUCCAGGCCGCUGUUUCCUCUACUGGCUUCACCGUAUCGCUCAACGACGUAAACUACUUCUUGCCCGGAAAGCCCACAGCAAGUAUCAGUGGAUGUGAAGAAUUACAGGCUUUGUUCAAAGAUGGACCAUUUGUGCCAUUCACGGUGGUGAAGAAUGGCAGCAUUGAUGCUGCAGCAUACAGCGAAGACGAUGUUUGGCAGCCAGCCUUUCUUGAGGGUAUGUUACGUCCCCUCCAGAGGAGUAGCGACGACAGCAUUCUGACGCGAACCCAGCUAUUUACACUCAAGGAAGUGCACCAAUCAACUCUUCGACCCUACUUUAUCAAUGCUGCUGGUGAAGUAUACGAGGCCUGGAGACUGUUCUCGGACGUCCAAGGAGCCUUCCUUGAAUCAGCGAUCUCGAAUGGCGAUGGCACUUUUUCCGUGCUACCAGCUGGCACUGUUGGCCAGAAACAAGCGAUUGCUGUGCCAUCCCGCCUCUACUACACGAAAACAGCCGAAAAGCCGCUCGCUGGCGUCCGAAUUGGCAUCAAGGAUAUCUACGACAUCAAAGGACUGCGCACCAGCAAUGGUAACCGAGCUUGGUAUUGGUUCUACCCUCCUGCCAACAACACAGCUCCUCCCGUUCAAAACUUGAUCGACGCUGGAGCUAUCAUUGUUGGGAAGAUGCUCACAAGUCAAUUUGCGAACGGCGAGCAGGCUACCGCUGACUGGGUUGAUUAUCACGAGGCUUUCAACCCAAGGGGCGACGGGUAUCAAGACACAUCAUCCAGCUCUUCGGGCGGAGGCGCUGGCACUGCUGCUUAUCACUGGCUAGAUGUCUCGCUUGGUUCCGAUACUGGAGGUAGUCUUCUGACGAACUUCCUCGGAAAUGUCAGCGAAUACCUCCAGGCUAAUGUGUCAGCCUACAACCUGACCUCCGAGUUUAGCAAUGCUAAUCCCACCAUUGCGCCACUGGAGACUCUCAUGAACCUCACUUACGCGAUUCUCAUCACCAAGCAGCAGAUUGAGCUCGUUCGCGACCCGUUCUACGCUGACUACGCCGCGAAAUACGAUGGACGCCGACCAUUUGUGAAUCCGGUACCUCUCGCACGCUGGGGCUGGGGCGCCAACCAAACAAAUACUGUUGAAGAGGCGGUUAACAACAAGACCAUAUUUAUGGACUGGGUCAACUCCGGGAUCCUCACUCCGUCACCCAAAACCUGCUCUGAGUCGCUCGUCCUGUACGUUGGCUCCACCGCACGAGCCGACCCGCGCAACGUUUAUUUCGAAGAGCCUGGCGUUCCGUUUGGCUUCAGCAAUAGUCGCAUUAGUGUUAUGGCUGAGGUGCCGGAUUUCGUUGUCCCGAUUGGCGAGGCGCCGUACAACUCGACCAUUACGGGACAUGUGGAGUACCUUCCAGUGACAGUAGACUUUUUGGCUGCCAAGGGAUGUGAUGGCAUGCUGUUCAGCUUGAUCAACGAUUUGCAUGCGAAGGGAAUUGUGAAGACAGCUUUGAGUGGGAGAUCAGGGAUCACUGGAGGAGAUAUCUUGUUUAAGAGGGGCGGGAUGCAGUAUUAA